AUGUCUGUCCCAUUGCCCCCAAACGAAAGUCGUGGACCCAGCCUAAUCGCUAAUCAAUGGAUCACCGUGUCCAUUGCAUCAUUGCUCGUUUUGUUGCGUGUGUAUACUCGAGCAUUUCUCCGUAAAACAGCAGGCGCCGAUGACUGGACGAUCGUGAUUGCUAUGGGCUUUGCUGUUGCCCAGGGCAUCGUCACAACCUUUGGGGUGGACAACGGGUUUGGACGACAUAUCGAGUACUUACAGCCUGACCAGAUCCGCAAUGUCCUUCUCAUGACUCAAAUCCUUGAGGUUCUCUAUACUAUUGGGACCUUUCUCGUCAGAGUCUCUGUGUGUCUCUUGGUUCUACGUAUCGUACCUCCCACACACCGGGAAUACUUCAAGUACACAUACAUCUUCCUCGCAUUCUUCGCCGUCAUGAGCACUGCUACUUUGCUGUCCAUCCUCCUCGCAUGUAUCCCGAUUCAGGAUUUGACCAUCAUCGCCAAGACCCAGUGUGGUGCCGCGGCCUUGAUGGACUUCCUGUGCGUCGGCCUGCCCAUAUUCUUCCUCCGGAAUCUACAGGCGAAACUCGGCCGGAAGAUCAGUCUUUUCGUCCUCCUCGGACUUGGCCUCUUCACUGCCGCAUGCGCGAUUCUCAGAGCCACGUCCGUCUCCUUCGCAGACAAGGACUUUACCUGGCACACCGUGCCCGUGGUGUUCUGGUCUUGCCUCGAACAGAAUAUCGGCAUCAUCGUCGCCUCUACCCCCGCCGCCCAUCAGCUGUAUACCCUCAUCCUUCAAAAAUACUUCCCCCACUGCGUCGACAACCAGCCCUACCUCCGCUCCCUGGGACUUCGUACCUCGUCCGGUUACGCAAACACGAGCGAUGGAUCGCACCAUUAUAAGAUACGGCUCGGUAGCCGAGGUAGCCAGAGUAUGAGGAUGAUGUCGAAUGUGGAGAGUGGUGGUGGUGGUGGUGGUGGAACGAUCUUACCAGGGCCGCCAAGCCCGACAAAGAAGGAACCUAGGACGGAUUAUGAUAAAGCUUUGUUGGAUAUCAAUCCCAAGUUAGGGCAAGCUGCUAAACAGGAUGAGGAGUUUUCCUAUCUAGGUUUAUGA